UGCCUGGAACAAAGUGAAUUGUAUUAGGCUGUCUUAUCUUACAUCUACACAAAACGCCUUGACGGGCGCCGAAGCGAUUGGAAGCAAGCGUCAUGAGCGACUCUGAACGCUCCGGACUUGUAUCAGGCGGUCUGUCUGAUGGAAGCCAGAGGCCAUUUAAGGCGAAUAAGAUUCGUGGCAUCGCCUGCUGGGGCUGCUUUGCUGUUAUCCUAAUCUUCCUGGUCAUCAUGACCAGCGUGUUCACGGACCCGAAAAGCUACAAGGCUGCGACCCCGGUCAGCUACCUUGCUGGCGAGGACGUGGUCCUAUACAACGGUUUGGGGCCAAUUAAGGUGCUGGUCCCCACGACAAACAAAUUGAACGCGCUUGCGAACUACCAGCUGGGCCUGCAGCUCCUGCAGCUGUUCUGGUACGACCUGGCCAUCCAGAAGUUCCAGACGGCCCAGUCCAUGGACAAGCGCCUGGCUAUGGCAUACGUGGGCGAGGCGCUGGCGUACAAACAGCCGCUGUGGCAGACGGAGAACGUGGCGGCGGCGCAGGCGGUGCUGGCGCGCAUGGACGCAGCCAUGGCCGACAACUACAUGGCCAUGCUGUCGGGCCGUGAGCGCGCCUACAUCAACGCGGUGCGGGCGCUGUUCGCGAACGGCACCAGCCUGCAGGCACGGGAGACCACCUACUCCACCCUCAUGCAGGCCGUGGCCAACGAGUACCAGGACGACCCGGACGCCUGCGCCUUCGCGGCGCUGUCGCUGCUGGGGCAGCUCAACAGCGUGGGAGGAUACCUGAGCCCCGAUCAGGCCCAGCAGGUGCGCUACAACGCGGAGGAGCUGCUCGGCGACUGCACCUACUACUUCCCCAACCACGCCGGCCUGCUCCACUACCAGGUCUACCUGUACGAUGUGGACAAUGUGGAUGAGGCAGCCAAGGGCGUUGCCCCCGGCGUGGCUCUGGGCAAGGCCGCGCCCGCGUCCAGCCGCGCGCAGCACAUGCGCUCGCACAUCUACAUGCGCUUCGGCAACUGGAGCCAGGUGGUGGAGUCCAACACGGCGGCCGUGGCUGCCUCCGACAGCUACUGCAUGGCCGUGAAGGGCAACAACACCUGCGAUGCCGACAACCGGUGGCACGCGCUGGAGUGGCAGAUGUACGGCCAGACCCAGAUGUGCGGCGUCACGGCCGCCACUGCCGCCUACAAGCGCAUGCAGACAGUGGCCGCCAGCCAGAACUACACCGGCGUGUACGGGCAGUGGCUGUACCGCAUGUACGCGCAGCUGCAGCUGCAGUCGCUCAACUCCGUGGCGGCGGUGGGCCUCAAGUCCGCCGCCGACAACACCACCGCCAUGCUGCCGCCGGCGCUGUACAGCACCGACGCCAUCCAGAACGCCGGCGACAUCCAGGACCACUUCUGGCCGCCGCACGCCGAGGCCAACGCGCUCCUGGCGCGCAUCUACUCCCUGGUGGCCGGCCGCAGCCUGACCCAGAUCAACUCGGCCGCCACCAACGCCACCGUCGCCGCGGCGCAGGCGCGCAUUGACGCCAUCGUGGCCCGCCAGGGCGACCUGACGGCGGCCUACGCCAACGGCACGUUGACGGCGUCGUCGGCCGCCAACGUGCCGCUGAACGCCGAGAUGACGGCCCUGCUGACCACCGUGCAGCUGCAGGCUCGCGCCCUGGUCGCCGCGUACAGCUGCGUGGGCGGCGACAGCAGUAAGUGCGGCGUGUGGCGGCCGCUGAUGGACCAGGCCUUGGCCCUGCACAACAACAUCUCCAGCUCUUCCACGCUGCCCUCGCUGAAGAUUGCGCCCACCCCGGAGUUCUACGGCAACCUGCUCAUCGCCACCGUGCCGGUCGCCUCCGACCCAUUCGAGCAGGCCAACACCGCCUCCCGCAUGUUCUCCAUCUGCCUGCAGCAGCUGCCCGGCCGCAUGCAGUGCAUGCUGGGCUCGGCGCGCGCCGCCAAGGCCCUGGGCAACACCGACAUGGCUCGCUCCUGGUACUCGCAGCUGGCCGCGCAGUGCCGCACCGGCGACGCGCGCUUCCCGGCGCUGGUGGAGGCCAAGGCCAACAGCGCGCCCUCGCCGCCGCCGCCCGCCAAGAAGCCCUCCGGACGCCGCGCGCUGGUCGAGUCCACCGCAUAAGCAGGCAGGCGCCGCAAAGCGUGCUGAGUGCGUGCGCGCUCCGUGUGUUUGGGCGAACACAAGGAGAUUGGGGCGGGCAGCAGCAUGGGGUUGCUGUGGGCGCUGCAGGCGGGGGCUGUUCUGGAGCCCAUGCAGACAUGGGCGUACGCGGCCUGGCUGACAUUGACAGCAGGGGAUGGGUUGUGGAGUUCGACAACGGGAACUUAGCGGAGCGGAUUGACGGGAAGGGAGAUGCGGUGUGCGCGCCGCCGUGAAAGGUGGAAGCUCUUUGGUGGCUAAGUGAUUGACAUAUGAUAUAUGCGUGCGACAUGUUCGGGAGUAGCUCUCGCGGACAACCCUCGCAAAAAGGCAGCAGGCUGCCUGACAGGGCCUGACAAGGAACGGACUAAAUGACUUCGUGAGCGAGCGGUAGACGUUUUAUGCGUGGAACAAAUGCGUGUUGUGAUGGACCUGUACUUGCGUCCUGGGAGGCUACAUGUCGGGGCUUGCUGCGAGUACCAAAGCACCGGAGUUGAAGCACGAAAGGAGGAGACGCGAGCACGUCCGUUGAAUCCAACCUGACUGCCACGCAGCAUGCAUGGGUUUGUGCCAUGGGGAGCCAGCGCCCUACGCCU